UUCCCUUCACAUUCAUCAACCCAUUAACAUAAACACUGCAACAACAACAAAGUUGUGUGCUUUGAAGCAAAAUAAAAGAUGGUUUUGUCUUGGAGCAGAAGAAACGUUUUCCGCCGUGCCCAUAAGGGGAAAGAUCACGUUAAAGGCGGUGAAUUGGAGGUGGAGAUUGUGAUCCCUACCCAUUUCAAGUGCCCUGUGAGUUUGGACUUGAUGAAAGAUCCCGUGACUUUAUCAACUGGCAUAACCUACGACAGGGUCAGCAUUGAGAAGUGGAUUGAAGCAGGGAACACAACAUGUCCUGUUACCAAUCUGGUUCUCACAAGUUUUGACAUCAUCCCCAACCAUGCUAUUCGGAGAAUGAUUCAAGAUUGGUGUGUGGAAAACAGUUCUUAUGGGAUUGAAAGGAUCCCAACACCUAGGAUACCUGUGUCAAGUUACGAGGUUUCUGAGACAUUUACGAGGAUCUUGUCUGCUUCUCAGCGUGGUGAUGACAACAAGUGUCAGGAACUGGUUGGGAAGAUUAAGGUUUGGGGGAGAGAGAGUGAGAGGAACAAAAAGUGCAUAGUGGGAAAUGGGGUUGGUGCUGUUCUUGCUCAUGCUUUUGAUUCAUUUUCAAGUGCUUCUAUUGAUAAGCACGUGGUUGUUUUGGAGGAGAUUUUGGAGGUGCUGACGUGGAUGAUCCCAUUUGGUGAAGAGGGUCGACGUAAAUUGGGAUCAUUAGCUUCUUUGAAUUCCAUGGUUUGGUUUCUAGAGGGUAAAGAUCUUGCAGCAAGACAAAAUGCUGCUUUGUUGCUUAAGGAAGUGUCUGUUCAUGAUUUGGCCAAAGCUGGAGGAGUUGUUGAAGCUUUGGUUAAGAUGGUUAGGGAGCCUAUUGGGACUAUUGCUACGAAGGCUUGUUUGGUAACCAUUUUUAACUUGGUUUCCUCAGCGGAGAAUAAGGAGGUAAUUGCACAAAGGUUUGUGCAAUUGGGUUUGGUUUCACUGCUUCUAGAGGCAAUUGUUGAAGGAGAGAAAGGGGUAUGUGAGAAGGCACUAGGGGUAUUGGAUUGCAUUUGUGAUUGCCAAAAAGGGAAGGAGGUUGUGCAAAGUAAUGCUUUAACUUUGCCUCUUGUUAUUAAGAAGAUUUUGAGGGUGUCACAGUUGGCUUCAAGUUUUGCUGUCUCCAUUCUUAGGAAGAUUUGUGAGAAGAGGGAGGAAGGGGUUCUGAUUGAGGCACUUCAAGUUGGGGCUUUUCAGAAACUCUUGGUUAUGCUGCAGGUUGGUUGCGAUGAGAGAACAAAGGAGAAUGCUACCGAGUUGUUGAAACUGUUGAAUGGUUACAGGAACAAAGUAGAGUGCUUUGACUCAUCAUUGGAGUUCAAGCAUCUAAAGAAGCCCUUCUGAUUAGCGAUAAAUGAAAAUGAGAUUUAUUUAUUUAUUUUUGUAUAGGUCUUGUUGAAAAGCAAUUCUUUCCUGUAAAAAGAUAUACUCAUAAACACAGCAUGGAAAUUGUAUGCUCAAACAUUCAAUUGAUUCUUGGAAUUCAUUCUUUGGAAAAUUGAUUCGAAUUAAUUAGAACAUAGUAGUU